GUCUGCGCGGGACGCGGAAGCCGGCGCGGAGGAGAAGCGGCUCGAGGGCCGCCCGGGAGGCGUGCGUCGGCGGCGUUCGUCUCUCUGCGCUGCUGGGCUCGCGGCCGGCGGUCCGGCCCCUCCGCCGCCGCCAUGCCUAUGAAGGGCCGCUUCCCGAUACGCCGCACUCUGCAGUACCUGGGCCAGGGGGACGUGGUGUUCAAGGACUCGGUGAAGGUCAUGACGGUGAACUACAACACGCACGGGGAGCUGGGCGAGGGCGCCAGGAAAUUCGUGUUUUUCAACAUACCUCAGAUCCAGUACAAGAACCCCUGGGUGCAGAUCAUGAUGUUUAAGAACAUGACACCGACACCCUUCCUGCGGUUUUAUUUAGCAAAUCGCCUCACGGGAAGCGCCUGCUGGUUGGAGGCCUGGCUCUGUGCACGUCUGACUGUGCCAGCGAUCUGUGUCCAGCGGCCCGAGCUGCGCUCUGCUUUGGAAAAGUCUGCGUGGCUUCUGGACCACUACACUAAGAAGCCUCUUCACUGGGAGGACGCAGAAGAGAUAGAGGCGAUGGUCCUGCCACCAUUUUCGUUAAAGGUUUUAAUUUUCUACCAGACUGCAAGUGAACAUGAGGACCGGUACCCCUGAGCAGCGCCAGCUAUGUGCCUGCCUGGCCUGGCAAGACGGACAGGAGUGGCUGGCCCAACAGGAAAGAAGCAAACCCACCAGCCCAGCUGCAGAGAGAACACACCCUCGGCAGCGGGUACAGGCAUCUGGACCAGCUGGUGCCACCUAACAGCUAACAUCUGUCUACCCUGAUGAAUCGAUUUAAGCUUUAGACUCACUUUUUGGAAAAAGAUACACAAGAAAAACAGGCUAAAACUGAAGUGGGAAAGGGGAUGCACUACUGACGUUUAGGCACAAUAAACAGUGACUAAUACAAGUUAACAUUUUUCCCCUGCGUCCACUGAGUUACUCAAUCUCCUGCAUUACCUGGAAUGAAAGAGUUUUUAGAUUGUUUUAUAUCAUGUAAUAUAAGUGGGCCCACGUUCCCAUAGUUAAAAUUUGAAAGAAGACAGACAUGCAGGGGCACUGUGACAAUUUUGCAAU